CUCGUUGCGUGAUAUUCCCCUUUUCACUUCUCAAUCCUGAAUCUCGACCAGAAAAGACUGUGAAAAUGCCACGAAUCCAGAUUAAAGGAGGUGUUUGGAGGAACACUGAAGAUGAAAUCCUCAAAGCAGCUGUGAUGAAAUAUGGCAAAAACCAGUGGUCUAGAAUUGCAUCACUGUUACACAGGAAAUCAGCUAAACAAUGCAAAGCAAGAUGGUUUGAAUGGCUGGAUCCAAGUAUCAAGAAAACAGAAUGGAGUCGAGAGGAAGAUGAGAAGCUCCUACACCUGGCUAAACUCAUGCCCACCCAAUGGAGGACCAUUGCACCCAUUGUGGGACGUACUGCAGCUCAGUGUCUGGAGAGAUAUGAAAUCUUACUUGAUCAAGCGCAGAAGAAGGAGGGUGAUGGGGAUACAAUGGAUGAUCCGAGGAAGCUGAAACCAGGAGAGAUAGAUCCUAACCCAGAGACUAAACCAGCUAGACCUGAUCCUAUUGAUAUGGAUGAAGAUGAACUUGAGAUGUUAUCAGAAGCCCGUGCUCGUCUAGCCAACACGCAGGGUAAGAAGGCCAAGCGGAAGGCUCGUGAAAAGCAGCUUGAGGAAGCGCGACGUCUUGCAGCUCUUCAGAAGCGUAGGGAACUCCGGGCAGCAGGUAUCGAGGUCAACAAGAAGAGGCGCAAGAAGCGCGGCGUUGAUUACAAUGCUGAGAUUCCGUUUGAGAAGAAGCCAGCACCAGGGUUUUACAACACAGCUGAUGAAGUGGUCGCACCUGUGGAUCCAAACUUCAAGCGGCUUAGGAGAGAGGACAUGGACCAAGCUCGUAGAGAUGAGAUUGAAGAGAGAGAACGAAAGAAGGAUAGACAGAAGUUGAAGAAGAGGAAAGAGAAUGAUUUGCCUGGAGCUAUCGCUAUGACAAACAAGAUGGCUGAGCCAAUGAAGAAGCGUAGCAAACUUGUCUUGCCUACUCCACAAAUAUCUGAUGCUGAGUUAGAAGAGGUUGUGAAGCUUGGUCAGGCUAGUGAGAAUGCCCGUCAGAUCGCUGAGGAAGGAGCAGUCAAUGGUGCUUCGGAUGCUCUUCUUUCAGACUACACGAUGACCCCAGGACCAGCUAAUCUCAGAACACCUCGCACUCCUGCUACACAUGAUACAGUACUUCAGGAGGCACAGAACAUCCUUGCACUGCAGAAUGUUGAAACGCCAUUGAAAGGAGGUAUGAACACAGCAGUAGGAAGCAGUGAUUUUGAUGGUAUCACGCCUAAGAGACAAGCUACACAGACACCUAACAUGGCGUUCAAUACACCAUUCAGAACACCAGGUCAUGAGUCACAAGCAAGUUUGACCCCUCGGAUGACCCCACGGAUGGGCACUGGUGGAGGCCAAACCCCAGGUCAGACUCCGCUACGUGACAAACUCAACAUCAAUCCCGAAGAAGCACUUAUGGAAUUUGAUAGUGUACACAGUGCCAAACAACAACAGAGGGAAUUGAAGGCCAGCCUUCGGCGAGGCCUAUCUUCACUGCCAGCUCCAAGGAAUGAUUUUGAGAUUGUGAUACCAGAGAAUGAUGAGAAGCUGUUAGAAGAGCCUCAAGAUAAUUCAAACUUCAUAGAGGAUGCAUCGGAUGUGGAGAAUAGACGACUUGCAAAGCUGGCAGAAGAGAGAGAGAAGGAAUUAAGGAGUAGAUCUCAGCCUCUUCAGAGAGGUCUUCCAAGGCCUGUGGAUAUCAACACAUCUAUACUGAGACCAAAGGACCUUGAGACUCCUAUUACAGAGCUACAGAAGGCUGAGGAGAUGAUCAAGGUUGAGAUGAUAACGAUGCUGCAUUACGACGCCUUGAAGAACCCUGUAGGGGAUCAGCCAGGGAUGAAGAAAGGUGAUAAACCUACCAGUAAGACUAACCCAGCUGCACAUGCAGCAUACCUUGAACAUCAUCCUUAUCACCAGUAUGAGGAGGAAGAUAUGAAAAAAGCCAAUGAGUUAUUAAAAGCUGAGAUGGAAGUCGUGAAAACCGGCAUGGCCCACGGUGAUCUCCCUAAAGAGGCCUAUACCCAGGUGUGGGAAGAAUGCCUGGGUCAGGUGCUUUACAUUCCAUCUAAGAACAAAUACACCAGAGCCAACAUGGCCAGCAAGAAAGACAGGAUUGAAUCGGCAGAGAAGAAACUUGAGUCUAAUCGUGGUGUGAUGACAAGAGAGGCAAAGAGAGCGGCUAAGCUUGAGAAGAAACUAAAGAUCUUGCUUGGAGGCUACCAAUCUCGAGCUCAAGGACUCACCAAACAGCUGGCUGAGAUCCAAGAGGAGGUUGAACAAGCCUAUGUAGAACUCUGUACAUUCCAAGAACUACAGAGCAAUGAAGAUAUUGCUAUUCCAAAGAGGAUGGAAUCCCUUCGAGAGGAUGUAAAGCGCCAGAGUGACCGAGAGAGGGAGCUCCAACAACGUUACUCUGAUCUCAUGUUUGAAAGAGAGAUGCUCAGCGCACAGAUUACCAAGUUAGAGAUGCAACAGUCUGGACCAAAGUUCUAAUUCAAAGAUGAUGAAAUUCAAGGGAGGGAGUGGAGUUUCAUAAAGAUCUAAAUCUGACGUAAUGCCACCGCACACCUUAUGAGCCGACUGGUCUACGACUGGCUUGCGACUGAGUGAGGAGAGAUGUGACGUCACAGCUCUUGUCCGCUUGAGAGUCACAGACCGGUCAGAGACAAAUUGCAAGAAAAAUCAUAAGGAUUUGACUUGUCAAAUCCUUAUGAUGGAACCCAAGCUCAAUCCAACGCGUAUACGACAUACAAAGUGCAUACGCAGUAGUAAGUGCCAUUUUCUGAGUUGCUAUGGCAAAAAGCACAUCCGUUAGUCUCAGACAACAUGGCGGUCUGAUCACAAGAUGUGCGGUGUCGAGGCUUAUGACUACCUUGCGAUUCAUCUCCCCUCACUCAGUUGCAGACCAGUCGGGUCGUAAGGUGUGCGGUGGCCUUUGUAGUCAUGCACAAGUACCAAGGUUCAUUUGAUAUUUGAUCCAUUAUCUCAUUGAUUGAUUUGUGGUAGAGCGCCCCAUGAUUGCAAUCUACCUAGUAUUGAUAUGUUAUGUGCCACAUGCAACUUGGAAUGCAGGUUUGAAUGGUGGUGCAGAUAACU